AUGGCUAAUACAUGGAGAUGUGAUGGAUGCUUAGUCGUAAAUUCAGACGAUACAAUGGAAUGUGUUUGUUGCAUGCAGAAAAGAAGUUUAAUUAAUGAUGAAAAAAAUGGUGAUGUGAAUUUGAAUGGAAAUACUAAUAAUGAAGGGUUGUUAAUAAAUGUAGAUACUAAUAAAAAAAAAGAAGAUGAGACUGUUUCAGAAAACAAAAUGAGUGGAGAUAAGGAAAAUAAUAUUUCAUGUUUUAAUAAUAAAUUAGAAAAUGAACACAUUGCAAGAAUUGAUGUUAUAGGAGGAGGUGGAUUUAUUCCUUCAAUUAAAAUAAACAAUAAUACAAAUAAUAAAUCUAGAAGUAUUUUUUUAAAUAAUGUUUCAAAUAGUAAUGAAACGGAAACAACUACCAUGACUAAUGUUGAUAAUAAUAUAACUUAUAAUUCAAAAAAAAAUAAAUUUACUGAUAAAGAACAAAAAGAAAGUAAACAUAGUUUAGAUUCAUCUAAUAAAAAUGUUAGUGUUAAAUCUAAAAAAAAAAAAAAGUAUGAAAAAAAUCAUAAAGGUAUAUCCAAAAGGGUACAACCAACCAGAAAUUGUACAAAAAAAAAAAUUAAUUACAAAACAUGA